AUGUUUGGGGCUGUCGCACCAGCUCCGCUGCAACAAGCCAAAGCCAAGGUGUCUCACUCUCUCGCGCUCUUUUCUUUUUCUUUCUCGACUUUUCUCCCUUCCCUCGAUUUUUGCUCCUCUUCCUUCUUCUCGAUUCUACAGAGUGUUCUCGUACUUAGAAAUUCUUUAUUGAGCCGAGCUCGCGCCACAAUGGCCUCCCCCGAGAUUAAGCAAGCCAUCUCAGAAGCCGCUUCACAGUAUGCGAAGCCUGAAGGGAAGGUCUUCCAGUAUGGAACUGCUGGGUUUCGCAUGAGAGCUGAUUUCCUCAACACCGUCGUCUUCGCCGUCGGAUUGCUCGCUGGUCUUCGCUCCAAGAAGCUUAGUGGACAAUGGGUCGGCGUCAUGGUUACUGCCAGCCACAACCCAGCGGAGGAUAACGGCGUUAAACUGAUUGACCCCAUGGGUGAAAUGCUGGAGGUACGAUCAAUGAACUCCCAACUUAUCAUCACUUAG